AUGGAGGACAAGGACGCGGAGGCUGGAGCCGCUGCGUCGCACUCAGACGAGGCCAGCGGCACGGACGGCAAGACGCAAGCUGGCACCGCCGCCGCCACCGCCGCCGCCGUGCAGCAGAGGCAGAACGGUGAGGUCAUGGAGCGCGGUAGGAGUGGCCUGGUGUCGGAGCUGGGUGAGAGCUUCCCGCGGCUGCUGCCGUGCCCGUACUGCGAGCGUGGCUACAAGCGGCUGGCGUCGCUCAAGGACCACAUCCGGCACCGUCACCACGGCGACGACGACGACGACGACGACGACGGCGGCUUCGCCUGCUCGCAGUGCUCCUCGGGGUUCCCCACGCGCGGGACAGCUGGAGCGACACUCGGCCUCGCACCGCGCCGCCACGCCCUCGCAGGUGGCAGUGAGGCGGUGUCGCGGGGGGUCGGGGUCACGGGUUGUUGGUCGGCCACGCCCUCGCAGGUUGGCAGUGGCAGUGAGGCGGUGUCGCGGGGGGUCGGGGGUCACGGGUUGUUGGUCGUGCCCGCCCCUCAGCAGGUGGCAGUGGCAGUGAGGUGGUGUCGCGGGGGGGUCGGGGGUCACGGAGUUGUGGGUCGUGCCACGCCCUCGCAGAAGCAGAGCGGCAGCCGCAAGUUCAGCUGCACGGAGUGCGGCAAGGCCUUCAAGUACAAGCACCACCUCAAGGAACACUUCCGCAUCCACAGCGGCGAGAAGCCCUACGAAUGUCCGCACUGCAAGAAGCGCUUCUCUCACUCCGGCUCCUACAGCUCACACAUCAGCAGCAUGAAGUGCGUCGGUCAGACCGUGACAAACGGCCGCGCCCGCCCCGACACCGUCACCGCCGCCGUCACCGCCACCACCACCACCACCACCACCACCUCAACCACCUCAACCACCGCCUGCGGCGUCGCCGACAACGGCGCCGCCGCCGCCAUCCAAGUUGCACACAACGGUGUCGCGCCAGCGCCCGUCGCCUCGGCGCUCUCCAUCGCCCCGGCGUCCGUCGUGUCCGCGCUGACGCCAAAACCUCCGGCCGUCGCCGGCAACGCGACGCCGGCGCCGCCGCCACCGCCGCUUCUCAAAUCGCCGCCGCCGCCGAAGCUCCAGCCACCCCGGCAGCCGCCGCCGGCGCCGCCGAGCCUGCGCGUGGUGUGGCCGGCACCCGGCGGCGGCGGCGGCGCGGCGGGGCAGCCCGGCGCGUUCUGCCGGCAGAUGGCGCCGAUAACCGUCUCGGUGGCGUCGGUGGUGUCGGCCCCUUCGGCGGGAAAUCGGUUUCCCCCGCCGGUGCUGGCGCUGCCGGCGCCGCUGCCCGUAAUGUCGCGCGCCCCAACGCUGCCCCCGCUGCCCUCGGCGUCGCAGCCGAUGCAGCAGCAGCAGCAGCAGGUGUCCACCAUCAGCAUCCAGGCGCUGCCCAUGAGCGCGGCGGGCGCCGGCUUGAGCUCGCCGCACCCCGUCACCGUCACCACCCACACCAUACCGAUGCACCCGCACUCCCAGCUCACCUUCUCGCUGCCAUUCAAGUUCCAGGACGUGCCCGGCGGCGCUGGCGGCGCUGGCGGCGCUGGCGGCGGCGCGAAGCUGCUCCCCGAGGUGCUGAAGCUGGACGGCUGCCUGCUGCUGCCGCAGGACCUGGUGGGCAACCUCGUCGGCCUGCCCGGCCCCUUCCUGGCCGGCGCCGGCGGUGCCGCCGUACAGGUGCCGCAGGGCCUGCUCGUCGACCCGGGCCUGCUGGGCCUGCGCGGCCUGUUCGGGCGCGAGUUCGACGGCGCCCACGAGGUCGUCAGGAUGGUGACGCUCCCGCAGCAGCAGCCGGCGCCGCCGCCGCCGCCGCUGCAGCCCCGACCGGCGCCGCUCGACGAGGUCGCUCUGCGGGUGCUGGCGGCGCCCGUCCCGCAGCCGGCGCCGGGAGGCGGCUCCGCCGGCGCGCCCCCGGGGCUCCGGCGCGGUCCGGGCGAGGAGGAGAUGGCGCCGCCGCGUCCACCGCCGCCGCCGCCGCCGCUGGUGCUCAAGCCGGACUCGGAUCCGGAGCGGCGCUCGAAGGGCGGCGCCGGCGACUCGCCCGGCCGGCCGAGGACUAAGGACGCCGGUACCGGGGGCGCGGCGCCGGUACCGGCAGCGGCGCCGGUCGAGCGUGAGGGCGGCCCCGACCGAAGCAUCUCGGACCUGGUGGGCCUCAUCAAGGACCUGCUGGCGGUGCUCAAGGCGCUCAACUCGAAGCUGAGCGGCGAGGACGUGUCCAAGCUGGUGCCCUUCCCCGCGCACUUCCUCAACAACGGCGGCGGCAACGGCGGCACCGGCUGGACGGAGGUGCACAAGCUGUCGAGCUUCAUCGCGCGGCUGCUGGAGCAGGUGCGCGCCGACUCGGCCGGCGAGCCCGCCGGCGCCGCGCCGGCAGGCUGUUGCUGCGAGGCCUCGGCCCGCGCCGUCGCCGGCAGCUGCGCCAUCGAGGGCUGCGCCAAGCCCGUGGCGCCGGCGCAGCCCGAGCGGCGGGACGGCUUCAAGAGGCUCCUGGCGGAGCUGGACGCGGCGGGCGCCGUCGUCGGCGAAGGAGACGGCGCCGGCGGCGACGCGGGUGAGCAGCCGCUGGACCUCACCGUGCCGCGUGUCAAGCGGAUGAAGUUGGAGCCGGAGUUACCGCGGGACGGCGGCGGCGCCGGCGAUCGCGCCGACGACGUGGAGACGGCGCCCGUCGACGGCGAAGAGGCCGGCGCCGUCGACCGGAGCUUCGCGGCGCCGGCAGAGGAGCCCGCCGACCCCGCCGACCCCGCCGAGACGGAGGCGGCGCCGCCAAACGACCACCGGCCGGCGCCGCCGCCGCCGCCGCCCGCCGCCGGCGCCGUGGUGUCGAUCGCCGAGCCGACGGGCUUCAACCUCACGCUGCUGGAGUCGACGCCGCUCAUUGUGACGUUCCUGCCGGGGCCGGGCACCUUCGUGGAGAGCGUGACGGCGCUGCCGCGGCCCAGCGUGCCGCAGGGCGUGGCGGCGGUGACCUACGGCUGCGCGCCGGCGCUCACCGCCGGCAGCUGCCGGCCCGCGACGGAACCGGCAGGAUUUGACGUCGAGGCCGAGGAUGGAGCGGCCUCCGGACCGGACGAGCUCACGGACUCGGACUCGGGCGGUGGACCUCGCCUGCUGGGGCGACUGGGCGCCCUCGGAGGGGGUGGCGGAGGUGGGGCCCUGCAACUGGCGGGCGCCGUGGGGGGCGCCGUGGUGGGGGGCCUGGUGGGGGGCCUGGUGGGGGGGGUGGUGGGAGGCGAGGGGCACGGGUUCCCGUGCGAUCUGUGCGACAAAACCUUCCAGAAGAGCAGCUCGCUGCUGAGACACAAGUACGAGCACACAGGUAAGCGGCCGCACGAGUGCCAGGUGUGCGCCAAGGCCUUCAAGCACAAGCACCACCUGAUCGAGCACUCGCGGCUGCACUCGGGCGAGAAGCCCUACCGCUGCGACCGCUGCGGCAAGCGCUUCUCGCACUCGGGCUCCUACUCGCAGCACAUGAACCACCGCUACUCCUACUGCAACCGCGACGGCGCCGGCGGCCUCAUCGCCGACCGCCGCGGCCGCCGUGGCCGCGGGCGCCGGCGACGCCGACGGCGGCGGCGCCGUGGGGACGCCGCAGAACCUCGCCGGGCCCGGCGACGUGGCCGUGAUGCUCCUGCACAACGGGGCCGGACUGGGUAA